CCGGGUGAAAUGGUUCAUUCCGGUAACGUCCUGCUUGCUCAAGGCUUUCGCUUUUAAGCUUAGCAUUUUAUGUAUUUCCCCAGAUGCUGUGGCUCCAUCACUGAAAGCAACAUCUGUAAGUUCCAGCAUCUGGAAUGGCUUUCUCUCAGAUCCGCCUAAAAAUCCUCCCCGGUGUUCGCUGUCUAGCAGACAAACUGGUCCAAGUGAAAGUGGAGGGUCUCGCUCCCCACAAACCAGUAGAAUUAAGAUCCAGGCUGGUUGAUGACAAGGGGGUCGUUUUCAAAGCUUCUGCCCGCUACAAAGCUGAUGAAUCGGGCCUGGUCGACGUGAGCUGCGCCCCCUCUCUGGGAGGGAGCUACACCGGAGUGGAGCCCAUGGGUUUGCUGUGGGCCAUGGCGCCAGAGACUCCACAUAGAAAACUUGUGAAGAAGAAUGUGCUGAGCCCGACUCUAGUUGAGAUAGCGGCACUCAACGGCGACACCGGAGAACUCCUCGCCAGUCAAACCAAUGAGAGAGAAUACAUGACGGAGGGCAUGAGGAGAAUCCCAGUGCGAGACGGACGAGUCCGAGGAGUCCUGUUCAUCCCUGCAGGAAAAGGUCCCUUCCCUGGAAUUGUGGAUUUAUACACCUUAGGUGGAGGCCUCAAUGAGCAGAGAGCUAGCCUCUUGGCAAACAAAGGUUUUGUGGUGCUGGCGCUGGCCUAUUAUGGGUACGAGGAUUUACCCAAAAACCCCAAGAACUUGGAUUUGGAAUAUUUUGAAGAGGCUGCAGUCUAUUUACAGAAUCAUCCAGAGGUUCAAGGUCCCGGCAUAGGCGUCAUAUCCAUGUCUCACAGCGGCGCGCUGGCUUUGGCAAUGGCGUCCUUUUUCCCAGGCAUUACAGCGACAGUCUGUAUUAAUGGCUGCAAUGGAAAUACGGUCAUUCCGCUGCACUACAAAGAUAUCGUUAUGCCGGCACUGCGACCUGCCAUCUGGAAAGUCCGACUGACCAGAUCCUGGAUUGUUGAUAUUCGCAAUGUCACGCCAGAUGCAAGCCUGAUCAAGAAUAGAGCGUCUUUGAUUCCAAUAGAGCGUGCCAACUGCCACUUCCUGUUUGCCGUUUCGGAAGACGACCGCAACUGGAACAGCCCUUUUUUCGCCAAGCAGGCCGCAGAGAUUUUGAGAAGUCGCGGCAAGGAGUCGUUUCAGGUGGUUUCUUAUCCUAAAGCCGGGCACUUUUUGGAGGUUCCUCACUCGCCAUUUUGCCCCUCGUCCUUCCACGCAGCGGUGGGGCAGGCUGUGGUGUUUGGUGGGGAGGCAAAAGCCCACUCGGAGGCUCAGCUGGACCUGUGGGAGCGAGUCCAAGAGUUCUUUAUGAGACACUUGAACGGCACUGGCACUUCAUAAGUGCGUUCCAGACGGACUCGUUUAGAAACCACAAAACAUGAGUAACACCCCUCAGCAUAACCAACUAUAAUUAACCAAAACCAGAUUGAUUAAUUGAUUAAAAAAAGGAUUACCACUUCAUUACCACUUGUUUAAAAAAAUACUUAGUUUUUGCCAUUGUUUAUUGUGAAUAAAUAUUGAAUACGCUGUAAUGCAGGGGUCUCAAUCACUCGGCCCGCGGGCCAAAUGUGGAGCAGCUGUACCAUUACACCACCAGUGACUGAUGCACAAAAUGCCCCCCCCCCCCGCCCUUUGAUGGCGGGGGGAGCAUAUAAGGGGGUGCAGCUCUGUCUGUACCCUUUAGUCCAGGGGUCUCAAACACGCGGGCCAAAUGUGGCCCGCAGGACACAGUUUGAGGCCCCCGCCUUGAUAUGAAAGUUUAAUAUUAAUGCAGCCCGCGCAAGUUUGAUAUGGAUGCUGUAUGAUAUCAUGUACCCGGAAAAAAUUAUUACGUUUGAUUAAUGUUCAUGUUAAAGGUUAAAUAACUGUUAAUAGUUAUCCUCCCUAUCCGUGUGGAAGUGGUAAGUUUUUGGCUAUUUAAGUGUAAAGGAAAUAACUUGAAGGCUACCGUUUAGGUCGCUAGCUCUCUAGUUUGUGAGUUAGCAUGUGUCUCAAGACCCUGCAGUUGCGCAAUAUGUUGUAAAUAAAAAGAGUAUAAAUGUGACUAUAGUCGUGUUUUGUCAUGUCUACAGGGCUCUAAUGCUUUGUUAAUUUUAAUCUGAAAAAAAUAAUUUGUCUACCCACCAACUAUAUGUGGUUUCUUAAGUUUUUAUUAUUUGCUGUUUUAUUAUUAUUAUUAUUAUAUUUAUUUAUUACUGAUUGAUUGAU